AUGAUGCAGGAAAGUAACUAUUCUCCCACUUCCCUGGAUGAUGGUAAUUUCUUUGGUUUUGUGUCCCUGGAUGGCGAGGACGUUUUCGUUGACGACGACGAAAGUGAUAAAUUGGUGAUCGAAGACGCAAUAUCGAAGGAGUCUGAUCGAAAUAGAAUAGCGAUUCUCGAAAAGGAACUUGACGAAUUGAAAAGAGAAAAUGCCGCUCUUAAACAACAACUAAAAGAAAAGGAUCGUACUGAAAAUGAGAGAGACGAGGCUGAAUAUCCGGAAAGUGCCAACGAAGAGAGUGACACAGAUGACGAAAAUGAAACUGAAGAUGAAAGAAGCGAUGAAGAUGAAGAAAGUGAUGAAGAUGGAGUAGUAGAAAAGGUACGAAAUUAG